UAGUCAGUGUAGUGGAAGAACUAGUGUGUUAUCAGUUGGAUAUUCGGCCGCCACUGUACAGAGUCCUAACUAUGACAAUGGAUACCCAACUGACAGAACAUGUUCGUGGAAACACUCCACAUCAAUAAGAGGAUCAUCACUUUUGGUUCAAAUCAACGCAUCGAUUGACUGCACGGGGGAUACAAUUAACAUAUAUGACGGCACAAACAUCACUGGUUUAAAUUUGCACACUUGUUCAACAAAGGGAUAUCCUAGAUAUUUCAUAGCUUCGACUGGUUAUAUGUAUACAUCGUUCAUCACUGACAGCAUGUCUAAUGCAGCGGAAAAGGGAUUUUCAUACAACGUUAUAUCAGCUAAAGAUUUUUCUGAUUCUGCGUGUUCCUCUAUUCAGACAAUAGUGGCGUCCACAAUAGUACAGUAUAUCAGUAGUCCAAUGUUUCCAAAUGAUUAUCCUGCAAAUAGCGAGUGUUCAUGGAGGAUAGAGAGAAUAGGAGAUCAAGAACCAUUAGAAUUGUCUUUUAGAUUUAUAGAUAUAGAGCCAGAUGAUAAAAUGUGUCGAUAUGAUUAUGUCAAGAUUAUUGAUGAUGCAACGGGCACAACGAUUAUAACAUCAUGCGGUAGAGAUGAGUGGUUUCCAAGUCAGAAAUACACAACAAAAGGAAACGUUACAGUGAUGUUUCAUAGUGACAUCAGUUCACAGCAUAGAGGCUUCUUACUGGCUUAUCAGAUACAAAGUUCUUCAAAAACACCAUCUGAUGAUGACUCCUGUUAUUUCAACAAUUGUGUUAUCUUGCCUGUACUGUUAGCCGUCGGAGGAGUUAUUCUUAUCGGUGUCAUAGCUUGUUGCGUCAUGUGUUUCGUCGGUAAAAUGUAUGCUGUUCCAAAAACUGUAAAAGUAUCGUCUGUACAAAAGAGACCUAGUUUUCGACAUAUCUUCAUUCCAAAGUUUGUAAACAAGAAACAAGAGUCUAAGAAAUUGAAAAAUAUACUUCUUAAGAUGGAAGAAGACUCCAUAAUUUCAAGACCUCCGAUAGCUACUACUCAAACCCAGUAUACGUCGAAUGACAUCAUACACAGCAAAUUAUCAGAGGCACGGAAAACCACGUUGAAAUCAAUUAACGAGAAGGAUACAACAAUAGCUGCUUCAUAUACAAAAUUAAUAAAAAGAAAUCAAGAUAAAAACAAGGAAAUUUUACAAAACAGUAUAAAAGAAGAUGAUCUGUCAAGUAACUUUGCAUUGCAAAAGUCGGGACAACUUCCAACAAAAAAGACCAACAAAGAAUGUCAAAAUGAACAUGUGAAGUCAACAACAAAUGCAGGCUUGUCAAAAAUGGAUUCAAUUAGCUACGAAAAAGAGGGCAACAUAUCUAUUAGAGAAAAAAGAAAGACUACCUCAUCGAGAACUCGAAAUAAAAAUCCACAUACCGAUUCUACGAUUGAUGAAGGAAAGGUGUCUGUCCCCGCUGACAAUGUUAAUAAAAAUUUUGAUAUGGUAAAAACUAAAGUCAAACUGAAGCCAGAUUUGAACAAAAAUAUAGAAAGUCGAUACAAGGUUUUUUUCAGGAAAAGCGUAGAAAACCCGAUUCCUACGAACAAUACUGACGGAAGUGAGUCAAAACGUUCUGCUGAAUUAGAAAAACCAAUUACGAAAGUGAAAAUUCGAAAAAUGCAAACUUUAAAGAGAUUAAAUAGCAAAAACAAAAGAACAAGUGAUUAAGCAGACUUUAUGAAGUGUUAUAUCAUCACAUUGAUAUUUCAUUUACUGUUCAUCAAACGGGUACUUUUUUACAUGUUUUCGCAUUAUAGCAUUUAUCACAUAUAUAUUUGUAAGAUAUUAUAUGUAUAUGCAUGUUUUACAUUAAUAAUAAAAUCCUACAUUAAUCAUGA